CAGACCCCAUGUAUCAGAAUUCUCGUAAUCCGUGACCGUUGCAAUAACGUUGGAGGUUAAGAGCUGCAAAGCGAAAGCAUUUUUCUGUGCUUGCGCCACGUGAUCCUUCGAUGAUCUGAGUGCGGCAGAAGAAAUCUUCUUUAUAUAACAUAAUUUAAUUAUAAGAUCUUGUGGAAAAUGAACGCGGCGUGGAAUUUACCUAUCCUGGAACGACCACCGUACAUAACCUGGCAAAUCAGCCCGCUAGAUGCAAAGAAACUGGGUGUAGAUGUAACACGAUAUAAGACAGUACUCGGUGCAGCAAUCCAUGAUCUGAGUUCAAUAACUUUUUUAAAGUUGGAUGCUGCAGUCCUAAGUCGUCUAAUUUAUCGAAUGAAAAGAAAAUUUCGGAACGAUAAAGGUUUCAUGUACAUGGUCAAAUUAAAUAAGGCGUUAGUUAAUUGUUACAACAUCUUCCUGAUAAAAGAGUAUCAAACUUUGCGGUCUGAUCUCAGAAUAGAGGAUGGGUUGUACAUUUUACCGACCCGACAAAGACUGGAAUAUACGCUUGUGAGAACACAAGGUUUCGCAAAGCUCAUGGACCGAAUAGAACAGAGUGCCAAAUGCAGUGGUCAUCUCUUGAAAAGCAGAAUGAAAUCUGGCCAUGCUUGGAGCAUUACUCUAGUCGCUUAUGCCAACAUAAGCAGAAUUUGGCUCUGCUCUAGAGCUAUACUCAGGAAGUGUUGCAAAUGGUAUAAUGAGUUGUAUCAAUGUGCGGAACAGUUUAAAUACAUCGGUGCAGUCUGGUUUCCAAAACAUCAAAGUUUGCCAUGUGAUUUAAAAUUAUGGUUGUCUUUAAGCUGGAUAGAUGACUUAGACGAUUCGCAAAAUAAAUUACAAGAUUGGCAAAAGAUAUUUGGACUUCCAACUGAAGCAUGUAAUGAUAUUAGUAAAAUGAAUUUUAUUACACAUCACAAAAAGACUGAUUCAAGAUUGACACAAGCUGUUGAGAGUGCCUCAGUUGAUAAUAUAUUAGACAAUAUGUCUACAUCAAAUACUGAUACAAAUGAUAUUGGAGAAGUAGUAGACCGAAAACUUUUAAUAAUAAUUUACCAAAAAAUUAUAUCCGAAUAUCUGCUGCUAGCACGAAAAUGUCACAUAAAUAUACCAGUAUUAUCUAACCAAGAAUUAGAAUCUCCUAUAUAUAAAAAAAAGCAAUAAACCAUGUAAAACGAG